AUGACUUUCAUUCCCCUUUAUCUUCCAUUUACUUUCUACUUCUUUCUUCACGUAACCUACACAGCGCGGACUGUUAGUGCAGGGAACGAGGGCAGUAAUUGGUUGAUCAGGGUGUGUUUCGGAUGUUUCGUUUUAGAUCUAUCAAGAACUAGCACCUUAUCAUUUCCUGCCAACGAUUUGCUCAAGAAGGAACACUCAAGGGAUUUUCCUAUCGUUCCAGUCCAUCUGAAUCUGAAGAG